AUGGCUGAAAUCGUUGUUAGCGCCGUCAUCACAGUGCUGUGUGAGAAGCUGAUCUCUGGUGACUUGAUGAAACUGGCUCAAUCGGAAGGGAUCGAUUCUCAGCUGAACAAAUGGAAGAAAAACCUGCCCCUGAUCAAAGCUGUGCUUGCUGAUGCAAGCCAGAAGCAGAUAAAAGAGAAAUCUGUUCAAUUGUGGGUGAACAAUCUCCAGGAUUUGGCUUACGACAUAGACGAUGCACUCGAUGAUUUGGCCACCGAAGCUAUACGACGCAAGUUGAAUCAAGAAUCUCAUGCCAGCACCAGCACCAGCACUAGUAAGGUAAUGAAGUUCUUGCCAAAUUUUUGUACUAAUUUCACUCCUCGCAGUUUUUAUGGUCGAAAGAUGAGUUCUAAGCUAGAUGAAAUCACCAACAAAUUGCGUGAUCUUGUUGACCAGAAAAAUGAUUUGGGUUUGAAUGUAAAUGUUGAAAGGUCAAAUACGAUAGAAAGACUGGAGGAAAAUUCAUUGGUCGAUGAGUCCAAAAUCAUGGGUCGGGAAGGGGAUAAAGUGGCAUUGAUGGAAAAGUUGUUGGGAAAUGAAGAAUGUGAUCACAGUGUGAGCGUAGUGUCGAUAGUUGGAAUGGGUGGGAUAGGAAAAACCACUCUUGCUAAAGUUUUAUACAACAACGAGAAAGUGAAGGAUCACUUUGAACUUAGAGCAUGGGUUUGUGUUUCUGAAGAGUGCCAUGUAUUUAACAUUAGCAAGGCUAUCUUCCAAGCAGUAACAGGUCAAAACAAAGAUUUUGCUAAUCUGGAUCUGCUUCAUGUGGCCCUCAAAGAAAAACUUUCAAAGAAGAGGUUCCUACUUGUUCUAGACGAUGUCUGGAACGAAGACCAUAGAAAGUGGGAACUCCUCCAAAGUCCUCUUCUUGUAGGGGCAUCUGGAAGUAGAGUUAUUGCCACAACCAGGAGUACGAAGGUUGCAUCAGUGAUGGACUCGCAACAAACUUACCCUCUAGGUGUUUUGUCAAAUGAAGAUGCUCUAUCAUUAUUCGCUCAACACGCGUUAGGAGAAAAAAACUUUGACAAACAUCCAACACUUAAGUUGCUUGGUGAAGGCAUGGUUCACAAAUGUGGUAGAUUGCCUUUGGCUUUGAAAGCAGUUGGGAGGGUCGUGAAGGGAAAUAAAAAUGGCGAUAAAUGGGAGGAGUUGUUGAAGAGUGAGACAUGGGAUAUUGAGGAUGGGAAUAAGAUUCUUCCAGCUCUAAGACUAAGCUACUAUCAUCUCCCUCCACACCUGAAGCAGUUGUUUGCAUAUUGUUCCUUAAUUCCCAAGGACUAUGUGUUUGACAAGAAUAAGUUAGUUCUACUGUGGGUAGCCGAAGGAUUUUUGUCCCAAUCAAAAGGAAACAAGUCAAUGGAGCGUUUAGGUCAGGAGUAUUUUGAAGAGCUAAAGUCAAGGUCCUUUUUUCAACAUUCAACAAAUGACGAAUUAGGAUAUACAAUGCAUGACCUAAUAAAUGACCUGGCCACAAGUGUUGCAGGAGAGUUUUCCUUUAGAUUGGAUGGUGAGGUGGAUGUAUCCUACACGAAUGAAACUUUUGAUAAGUUUCGUCACUUUUCAUUGGUAGAUCCAAGUUCUAGAUCAUAUAGAAAGGUUAAUGAAUUACAUAGAGCUAAACGCUUGCGAACUUUCUUACUCACGUCGGCUGGUUUUGAAAACAAUGGCUUUUUGGACAAGGUUCUUCUUGAAUUACUUCCUGAACUACACUUCCUGAGGGUGCUAAGUGUCAUGGGCUUGACUCCGGUUGAUUACAUAUGGCAAGGUUCUCUUUCAAUCAGAAAGAUACCAGAAUCCAUUGGUAGUCUCAAGCAUCUACGGUACCUUAAUUUUUCUUUUACUAGAAUCACAUGUUUGCCAGAACAAGUGAGUGACCUUUAUAAUCUACAGACCUUGUUGGUUCAUAACUGUUAUCAGUUAUCUAGCUUGCCAAAAAGUUUUGCAAAGUUAAUAAACCUGCGACAUCUUGACGUAAGUAAGACUCCGUAUUUGAAGAAGACACCCUUAGGGAUCGGUGGGUUGACGAGUCUACAAACUCUACCCAAUGUCUUUAUUGAAGAAGGUGACGGGUUCAAAAUAUCCGACCUUAAGGGCCUAACGGAUCUUCAAGGCCAGCUUUCCAUUAUUGGGCUGGAGAAAGUGAUAGAUCCAAUGCAAGCAAAGGAUGCCAACUUACAUCAAAAGAAGGGUCUUGAAGUUCUGGAGAUGAAAUGGAGUUAUCAUGUGUUUGAUGAUUCUCGGGAUGAGUCUAUUGAAUAUGAAGUACUUAAAGAACUAAGGCCUAAUCCUAGGUUAAAAACCCUCAAGAUUUGGAAUAACAUGGGAAUGAGAUUUCCUACGUGGGUUGGCGAUCCCUUGUUUGAUCAGUUAACAGAGCUUACAUUAUGUGGUUGUAGUAGUACACAACUACCAACACUUGGAAUUCUAUGGUCUCUUAAGGAAUUGGUUGUUGAAAGUAUGAAUGAGGUGAAGACUGUGGGUUUUGAGUUACUUGCACCCACUGCUUCUUUUAUUGGCAUUGCAUUUCCAUCGCUUGAAGUUCUGAAAUUUAAAGAUAUGGAAGGUUGGGAGAGAUGGUCGAUUAAUAGUGGCGAGGAACAUGAAACUCCUAGAUUAUUUCCUCGUCUUCAUGAGAUCUGUAUAGCCAAUUGUCCAGAACUAGCUGAAGUUGCAAUCGGAUUGAUACCUUCACUUCGGGUUUUAUCUAUAACAGGAUGUUCCAAUGCAGUGUUAAAAAGCAUGGUUGGUUUGUCCUCGUCGCUUGUUGAAUUGAAAAUGGUGAAUGUUAAAGGAUUUGCCCAACUAUAUGGAGAAGAUUUACUGCAUCUUGGGGCACUUGAACAUCUUUAUAUUUAUAAAUGUGAUGAACUGAGAUACUUGUGGGAACGAGAAUCAGAGGCAUCCAAGAGACUUGUUAGUUUACAGAAGUUGGAAGUAAUUCAUUGUAAAAAGUUGAUUUCAUCAUCCGAGAAAGACUUUAAUAUUGGGAUUAGAAUGAAAUCUCUUAAAGAAGUGAAGUUUGAUGGUUGUGACACACUGGAGAGUUACGAUUGUCCAAAUACUAUUGAGAGGUUGCAUAUAGAUCGUUGUGAUUCAAUGACUUCGUUGACCUUCUCGAUAGUGCAGGAGCACCCAUCUCCUCUAAAUGAAUUGAUAAUCAAAGAUUUCCAUUUUCUCCCCAGGUCUCACCUAACAUGUCUUGAGAUCGAUAAAUGCAAGAAUCUAAAGUCAUUUCCUCAUGAGCAUUUCCAAAGUCUCACAUCUUUGGAAGAAAUGUGGCUAACUCAUUGUCCAAGUAUGGACUAUUCCUUUCCUUGUGGGGUGUGGCCUCCUAAUUUGACCAAACUAACGAUAGGAGGCCUAAAUAAGCCCAUGUCAGAAUGGGGCCCCCAGAAUUUUCCAACCUCACUAGUUGAACUAGAGUUAUAUGGCUACGAUUCACGAGUGGUUUCAUUUGCGGUGGCAGACGAUGUGAGGAAUACUAUUACUCCUUCAUCAUCUUUUCUUCUUCCACCAUCUCUCGUUUCUCUAUGGCUCAAUGGUUUUAAGGAUGUGGAAUCAUUGUCAGAGGUCUUACCACACCUCCCCUGCCUUAAAAGACUUUGCAUCGAGGCUUGCCUGAAGAUUAAAGAUCUUAAAACAACCUCCAACCCAUCAUAUUUGACAAUAACGGUGAUCUAG